CUCUCUCUGUCUGUGUAUCCAUUGCUCAUCUCUCUGUCUCUCUCCGACAAUGCCCCAAUACUGCUCUGUCUCUGCUUAAUUUCGUAGGAAGAAACAGUGAGUAUUGGCCGGCACAGUUUGUGAGAGAGGAGGCCCUCAGAGAGAAGAAAGUUGAUAUUUUUCUGUACUUGCCAUUUCUGGGAAGAUAGAGGUCAGGACGAUCAGUACUACCUACUCUUGUCUGCAUUUCCUUAUAAAUCCAUAUUUUGGGAUUUAUAUAAUAAACCCAAAUUAGAGGGAGAAAGAGAGAGAGAGAGAGAGAGAGAGAGAGGGGGGAUCUUUUGAGAGUGAGAGAUGGCUGAGAUUUCACAGAAGAUAUUUCCGGGAACAUUUCAGGGGGUGAGAGAUGAGCUUGCAGGGCAAAUUGGGAUGAUGUGGGAGCUGAUAAAAGCGCCAUUGAUAGUGCCCCUUCUUAAACUUGGGGUGUACGCUUGCUUGAUCAUGUCGCUGAUGCUCUUCAUGGAGAGGGUCUACAUGGGGAUUGUCAUAAUCCUCGUUAAGCUCUUCUGGAAGAAACCAGAAAAGCGUUACAAAUUCGAGCCAUUACAAGAAGACCUUGAAAUGGGCAGCUCCAAUUUCCCUGUGGUCCUCAUCCAAAUCCCAAUGUUCAAUGAAAGAGAGGUUUACAAGGUCUCCAUCGGAGCGGCAUGCGGACUUUCGUGGCCGUCGGAUCGUCUCGUGAUCCAAGUCCUCGACGAUUCAACUGACCCUGCCGUCAAGCAAAUGGUUGAGACGGAAUGCCAGAGAUGGGCAAGCAAGGGCAUCAACAUAACGUACCAAAUCAGAGAGAACAGGACGGGCUACAAAGCCGGCGCUCUCAAAGAAGGGCUCAAGCGAAGCUACGUCAAACACUGCGAGUACGUAGCCAUUUUUGACGCCGAUUUCCGGCCUGAACCGGACUAUCUCCGGCGAGCCAUCCCCUUCUUGGUCCACAACCCCCAGAUUGCCUUGGUUCAAGGACGCUGGCGAUUUGUGAAUUCUGAUGAGUGCUUGUUGACAAGGAUGCAAGAGAUGUCAUUGGAUUACCAUUUCACAGUUGAGCAAGAAGUUGGUUCUUCAACACACGCCUUCUUUGGUUUCAAUGGGACUGCUGGUGUCUGGAGAAUUGCUGCUAUCAAUGAGGCAGGCGGUUGGAAGGACCGAACAACUGUGGAGGAUAUGGAUCUUGCUGUCCGCGCUAGUCUUAGGGGUUGGAAAUUUUUGUACCUUGGUGACCUCCAGGUGAAAAGUGAACUUCCUAGUACUUUUAACGCCUUCCGUUUCCAGCAGCAUCGGUGGUCUUGUGGUCCUUCUAAUCUGUUCAGGAAAAUGGUGAUGGAAAUCAUUAGAAAUAAGAAAGUAACACUGUGGAAGAAAGUAUAUGUCAUUUACAGUUUCUUCGUCGUUCGGAAGAUUGUAGCCCAUUGGGUCACAUUCAUGUUUUACUGUGUUGUACUUCCCCUGACCAUAUUGGUUCCUGAAGUUCAUGUUCCUAUCUGGGGAGCUGUCUAUAUUCCGUCCGUCAUCACCAUUCUUAAUUCAGUGGGAACUCCAAGGUCAAUUCACUUACUUUUCUACUGGAUUCUUUUUGAGAAUGUGAUGUCUUUGCACCGGACCAAGGCAACAUUCAUCGGUCUGCUAGAAGCUGGGAGAGCCAAUGAGUGGGUUGUCACUGAAAAACUUGGAGAUUCUGCUACCAAAAACAAAGCAGGAGAUGCUUCCAAGAACAAGACAAAUACCAAAGCACCUUCUAAAAGACCACGAUCUAAAUUUACAGAUAGGAUCCAUACAUUGGAACUGGGAUUUGGAGUUUUCCUUUUCUUCUGUGGAUGCUAUGACUUUGUCCACGGGAAGAACAACUACUUUAUAUACCUCUUCCUCCAAACCCUUAGCUUCCUCGUCGCAGGAUUCGGCUACGUUGGCACCAUCAUCCCCAGCUCUUAGUGGCAGUAUGCCUAAGUUAUAUAACAUUAAAUUGGCAUAUUAUCCUAGUGUUUUUCAUGCCAUUUUCGUAUCUUUCUCAUCUGCAACGAAUUAUAUAUAGGGGGGAGGGGGGGGUUCCAUGAGCAACAUGGAUUGCAAUUUGUACUAUUUCAACAUAUUCAAUGAGAGGUCAUUCGUCAUAUUGGGCAAAAAAAAGUUCUUGCCGUGAUUUCAUCGGAAUUUGUCACGGGACUGCUCAAGUGAUCUUGGAAAAUAACAGAAAGAAAAUGGGAAAAUACAUCAUACAGAACCAAGUACAAGGAAGAAGCUGAAACAGCCUAUUGUUUAGACAACAAGGAGAUGAUGUUAUUUAAUUUGUUUGAAUAGAUUGUAAUUGUGAGAUUUUAUUCUUCCUUUUUGGGUUUCCUAUUCGUUAGUUUUCCUUAGUUUUGGUGAAUAAUUUGAUCAAUCAAAAAGGGUGAACUUGUAAUCAAAGUAUUUGUAAUUUUUAAGCCUUUCCUGUGCUGCUUUUGUUCUCAA